UGAUGCAGCGGCGUGGCCGACGGCAGCAGGCCUGCAUACAUUAGCCCACUUUCAUAAUCCCGAUGCUACAAUGCUCAGAUUACUGGGAUUAGGCGCCGUGAGAUUUGAGGCCGACCUGAAAGAACAGCUCAGUUCGUCCAUCUGCUUCUGAGAUCACAGCUGGGUUUUUUGUUUUCGGCACACAUCUGCUGUUUAGGGGGCGACGAUCUUACUGACAACACGAGGUCAGAAACAUCUGGAGAAACGUGUGUAGCUGACCUGAUUUAUCCUCAGCAGGAUGCGACUUUUGCUCUCAGUGCUGCUGCUCCUCGCCCUCGCGCUCGGCGCCGAGGCCAACAGACGAGCCAAAAACCACAAAGGCGGAAAGCAUGACCGGUCCCGACCCGCCUCUGAGUGCUCACUCGCAGAAACCCAGUUUGGGAAGUGUGUGCCGGAACAAGGGGACUGUGGAGAAGGCCUGAGGGAGGCCACAUGUGACGGCCGCACAGAAAAGAUCCACUGCAAGAUUCCCUGCAACUGGAAGAAGGACAUCAGUGACUGCAAGUACAAGUUUGGACAGUGGAGCUCCUGUGACGCCGCCACCAACACCAAGACGCGCUCGGGGACACUGAAGCGAGUGUUGUUCAACGCAGAAUGUCAGACCACCGUCAAGGUGUCCAAACCCUGCUCCCCCAAAGUCAAGAAGACCCGAGGCGAGAAGUCCAACUGAAGACCAGGAUGUCCUCCUUCAGCCAAAGGAUCGCCUUCCUUUUGUCCAACUCAAAGAAAGAGAGACUCCUUCGUCCUUCUACUCCUUUUUUCCAGUUUUUCUUUGUUUGGAUUUGAGUGCAAAGCUGUUGUAGUCGUCUUCAGCAUCAUAACCUUUUUCCGUAGUCAGUCUAUAGUUUAAAACCUUCUCCAUUAGUUCAGAAUAGAUUAACCUGAGAACUGAAGGGGAUGCUCAGUGGCGCCCCCCUCUGGAUAGUCAUGAGUUUUGGUUUAUUAUAAUCUAAACGGAGAGAGAGAAAAAAAGUCAAAUCUAUUUUUGGAACUGCAGAUUAUCAAUGGUGUACAAAUGAACACAUUAAAUUCUUUACAUUGUUUUGUGCUGGA